UCCCUCUCACCCUUUAAAAGCCAACCAGUCGAGCAAUUGCGGUAGCUACACAGCAGCAGCUCGCGAUGGCUCAUGCCUUGGGCAUCAUCCUCCUCCUCCUGCUCUCCUUGUUCGCCAGCUCUGCCCUCUCCGACGCGGUGCUCGGACGGAAGGCCGGCGUCAUUCUCGAGGAGCCCAAGCUGGUGGCAGCCCCAGGGAAGUACGCUGUGAUCUUCGACGCCGGUAGCACGGGCACACGUGUCCAUGUCUUCCAGUUUGACAAGAAGAUGGACCUCGUCGAGAUCGGUGACGACAUCGAGGUCUAUGCCAAGUGGGAACCAGGACUGAGUUCAUAUGCCGGACGGCCACAAGAAGCGGCCAAGUCUAUCAUACCUCUGCUUGACAAGGCCAAGAGCACUGUGCCUCGGUGGCUCAUGGGAAAAACACCCGUUAAACUAGGGGCCACGGCCGGACUCAGGCUUAUCGGAGAUGACAAGGCAGAGCAAAUUCUUGAAGCGGUCAGGGAUGUUAUCCACAGCAAGAGCAAAUUUCAAUACAAUCCUAGUUGGAUCAAUGUUAUCGAGGGAUCUCAGGAAGGAUCUUACAUAUGGGUUGCUCUAAAUUAUUUGUUGGGUAAACUGGGAGGAGACUACGUCAAGACAGUAGGUGUGAUAGACCUUGGAGGUGGGUCCGUGCAGAUGACAUAUGCCAUCUCUUCAGCUGCUGCUGCUGCCGCUCCCGUAGUGUCUGACGGGAAGGAACCGUACGUCACCAAAGAGUAUCUCAAAGGAAGAGACUACAAUGUCUAUGCUUACAGCUACUUGCACUACGGCGCAUUGGCUUCUCGAGUAGAGAUCUUCAAGGCAAGUAAUGGGCCAUUCAACUAUUGCAUGCUGCGCGGAUUCAACGGUAAAUACACUUACAAUGGAGAGCAAUACGACGCUAUAUACACUACAAGAAAAACUGUCUGUAGAGACAUCAUAUUCCACAACUAG